AUGGCGGCACAACGGGACGGUUUUAUCAAUUUCUCGCUGGACUUUAUCACGAAGACUUGGGUCGGAAAGCUGAAAGUGGCAGAGCUAGUUUUUACGUUGCUUGGUGGUGCUUGUGGUACCGCAAUUUCCUGCCUUUACGGUAACAGUUGCGGUUGUUCUCCGAAAUUAGGCUUUUUCGAUUUUGUCGCAUGGACCGCCUUUAUUAACGCCUUGAUCGACAUGAUAAUCCAUCUCGUUGGGUUGUGGGAUCGACUUCUUUGGAUUUUCCGUCAUCCUGCGGUUCAUACAGUGUUGUGUUUACUGGCGGUCGUUGGUUUUCUUAUUGGCUCCAGUCUUGCUGCUUCAGUUGCUGGAGCUGAUUGGUGUUCAACAAGCGCGAGUACCGCUGGGGCAGCUGCUUUCUUCGGCUUCGUCUGCUUGGUCUUGUUUGCUGUCGAGUGCUUUCUUCACUUCAAGGAGUACAGAAGCAUGCAAAGCGAAGCUCGUCAACAAUCUUCCGGGCAAGAUCAGCCGCCAGAUUAUAUCGAAGAAAAACCUACAAACGGACCUGGAGUUGUGUGA